UUGCCGGGCCUGGCUGCAUUAGGAGAAUCCUCCCUUGUUUCUGGAGCAAGAGGCGGGCCUUUGGAAAGCAGGAAUGCGUUGGAAGUUUUCCUGCAGGCUCCCUUCACAUGUAGAAGAGCGUCCGUCCCGGGUGUGAACAUGGACAUGUGUGUGCUGGUGCUGCUCCUGGCCGUCCAGCUGUGCUUCUGCUCAGGUUAUGAAGGGUCAGGACAGUACGCUUAUGGAGACGAUGAGGACUGGUAUACUCGUACAUAUAAAGGGACACCGUGGUGCGCCCCCAUUAAGGUGAAACAUGGGGACGUGAGCUGUCGGAACCCCAGAGGAGAGCACUACAAGAACGUCAUGGGAACUCGCUGCAAAAUCCGCUGUAAAGAAGGAUACGAAGCCCAGAGCACAGAGGUGGUGUGCAUGGCCAGCAAACACUGGUCAUCUAACUACGCCUGCAGCGAGAUCCGUUGUCCUAAGCUGGACAUGCCCAUUAACGGCGGCUACAAGUGCUCAGGCGGCUCCUACUACAACUCCCGCUGUGAGUUUUUCUGUGCACCUGGGUUCAGUCUGAAGGGCCAGAAGUUUGCAACCUGCCGGUACAAUAAAGCAUGGAGCUCCACAGUCCCCACCUGUGUCGAUAUUGAUCCUCCAAAAAUUAAAUGUCCCAACCUGAAGGAUAAGUGGGCGGAGCCAGGGAAACUGACAAUGAGGGUGACCUGGGACACGCCGGAGGGUGUGGACACUGCAGACGGCAUCCUCACAGAUGUGAUUCUGAAGGGGAAGCCUUCAAAAUCAGACUUCCCAGAGGGACUUCAUAAGAUGUCAUAUACGGUGUUUGACCGUGCAGGAAACAAGGCAACGUGUCGUUUUACUGUCAGAGUACGAGUGCGCCGCUGCAGCCCACUGUUUCCUCCAGACAAUGGCUACAUGAAGUGUGACAGCGACAAAGACAACUAUGGUGCCACGUGUGAGUUCAAAUGCACCGGAGGCUAUGAGCUGCAGGGCAGCGCUGCCAGAGUCUGUCAGUAUGGACUCACCUGGUCUGGGUCAGACACAGUUUGUGCACCCAUGAACAUUAACGUGGGAGUUCGUUCAGCCGCCGCGCUCCUGGACCAGUUCUAUGAGAAACGACGGCUCCUCAUUAUCUCGGCCCCUACAGCUGCCAAUCAUAAUUACCGCUUCCAGAUGACGAACUUGCAGCAUGCUCAGUGUGGACUGGACCUGAGGCACGUCACAGUAAUUGAGCUGGUUGGGACUUACCCAGCACAGAUUGGCCGGAUUCGACACAGGCUGCUGCCCCCAGGCUUGGCCCUUCAAAUCAGGUUACUGCUCCGUAUCCCUCAGCGGUCUUUCCAAAUGGUACUGAUGGACAAACAGGGCAUGGACAAGCAGCGCUACCCAUUUCCGAUCACAGCGGCCGAACUAUUCACCACCAUCGACACUUUCCCCCUUCGCAAAGAUGAGAUGGUGCUGCAGCAGGAGGCGGGACAAUCCUGCCAAUCAUAAAACGACCAUGAGUGCACUUCAUUGGACUCUCAAAGUAACAUAAUCAUUUAUCUUUUCAGUCACAGCAGGCAGGACCCACUCUGAUCAUCUAUUUCUGUUCACAUUUCACACAUUUCUACCUGAACGUACUCAGCUCUGUUUCCAGAAAGACUGUGUGUGUGUGUGUGUGUGUGUGUGUUUGUGUAUUUGUCUGCCUACAUAGGUUGGGAUGUCCGUCACGGUGCUGAUCUGAAACAAGCAGCUUUAUUGAAAGAGUCAUACAGAAACAUUACAAUCAUAUUGAUUCCUAUGUCAUGUCUAUCUGUAUAUUUUUUAUUUUUAAUAUUUACAAAACAGAAAUAUGUUUUACUAUUUUGUACAAAAAAAGUAUUUUUACUGUAUGAACUGGGAAACUCUUCACAUUUCUAAUAUUUAUGUCUGGCUUCUCUGUUAAAGUAUUUGGGAUUACUGUGUGUGAGUGUGUGUGUUAUGUACAGAACAGGGCAGUGAUACUUCUCUGUUUUUACACUUUGCAUCAUUGUCUGAAUUUAUAAAACACUGAUUAAAUAAGUCUGACAGAAAAUGUGUUUUUGCUGUGUGUUAAUACACAUGGGUGAAGUUUUCCCUCAAGGUAGAAAUGCUUUCAUACUGUUGUAAAAUGGUCUAUU